AUGGAUGAAACAGGCAUUACAACCGUCCAAGAUCCUGGCAAAAUAAUUGGAUCAAAAAGACAAAAACGAAUUGGCAGUGUUACUAGUUGGGAGCGUGGAAAAAAUAAUACGGUAAUUUGUGCUAUGAGUGCUUCGGGGUCAUUCAUACCACCUUUAUUUAUUUUUCCACGUAAAAGAAUGGACAUGAAGUUGACCAAACAUGGCCCACCAGGAGCUGUGUAUGAAUGCACAAAAAAUGGUUGGACCACAGAAGACAUUUUUAUGAAAUGGCUUAAACAUUUCAAAAAUUAUUCAAACCCCACAAAAGAAAAUCCAGUAUUAUUAAUUCUAGACAACCAUGGAAGCCAUAUUUCACUACAAACAUAUGAAUUUUGUAGGGAAAAUCAUAUUGUAAUGUUAUCGUUGCCUCCACACACAUCCCACCGAAUGCAGCCCUUAGAUGUGACUUUCUUUGGGCCACUCAAAACUGCUUUUAGAAGGGAAUGUGACAAUUACAUCAAAAGUCAUGCAAUGAUUAAAAUAACACCUUUUGAAAUUGCAGAGCUUUUCAAUAAAGCGUAUUCUCAAGUUGCAACCAUUCAAAAAGGUAUUUCUGGAUUUUCUGCUACAGGAAUUUUUCCAUUGAAUCCAGGAAUAUUUACUGAUGAAGAUUUCUAUGCUUCAAUGACCUUUAACCAAAAUAACACUGGCCAUGAAACUCCAGUUAUUAUUGAAAAUGAAACUCCAGUUAUUGAAAAUGAGAACCUCACACCAACUGACUCUAAUAAUACACAUCAUUCAAUGGAUACUUCACCAAGUGUUUCUAUACAAGAAAUUUCACCUAUACCAAAAAUACUUCCAAAAAGAGUUAUAAGGCGAGUGGCAGCAAAACAGCAUUCUUCUAUACUAACCGCCAGUCCUAUGAAAUCUAAGCUUGAAGAAAGAUAA